ACAUGGAACCAGCAGGAAACUGAACACAAAGAAGCCGCUCCGCUUUCCCCGCCGGCGCCGCGACCAUGCGGGCGUUUUGAUGGCCCCGAUGCUGGCCAAGUCCGACUGGGAAUUUUGCAGCUUUGCAGGGGAGGUAGCUGUAUCCAGUUGGGUGGCAGGCAGACCCGAGGGGUACCAUGAAGAUUUCAGGACCCCUGGAGAGCCAGAGGUUGUCUCUCCUCCUGGAGAUAGCAAUCUCUAGGGAAGCUCAGAUGUGGAAAGUUCACGUGCCCAAAAUUCAGCCCAAUCAGGAUGUAGGCAUUUCUCCAACCCAGCGGGACGAAGUAAUCCAUUGGCUGGCCAAACUCAAGUACCAGUUCCAUCUUUACCCAGAAACACUCGCCCUGGCUGUCAGCCUCUUGGACAGGUUUUUAGCCGCCGUGAAGGCCCGUCCAAAGUACUUGAACUGUAUUGCAAUCAGCUGCUUCUUCCUUGCUGCCAAGACUAUCGAGGAAGAUGAGAGGAUCCCAGUACUGAAAGUGUUGGCCAGAGACAGCUUUUGUGGCUGUUCUCCAGCAGAAAUCCGCCGGAUGGAGAAGAUCAUUCUGGACAAACUGAACUGGGACCUCCACACAGCGACCCCGUUGGAUUUCCUCCACAUUUUCCACGCAGUCGCCCUGUCAACCAGGCCUCAGCUGCUGACCACCUUGCCCAAGAUGAACCCGUCCCAGCACGUGGCUUUGCUCACCAAGAAGCUCCUCCACUGCCUCGCCUGCUACCAGCUCCUGCAGUUCAAGGGCUCCUUGCUGGCCUUGGCCAUCGUCAGCCUGGAGGUGGAGAAACUGAUCCCUGAUUGGCUCGCCCUCAUCAUCGAACUGCUCCAGAAGGCACAGAUGGACAGCUCCCAGCUGAUCCACUGCCGGGAGCUUGUGGCACAACACCUUUCCCCUGUGCAGCCUUCCCUGCCACCCAACUCCGUGUACGUCUACAGCCCCCUGAAGCACAACCUGGUGACCUGCCACACGGGAGCCCUCCGAUUCCAUCCCUCCUCCGUCCCAGGCCCAGACUCCAAGGACAACCGCAAACCAGAAGUGCCAAACCGAGGCUCUGCUGCUCUGUGCCAACGCCGUCUGGCUCCCAGCAGGUGCAAGCAGGCGACGGCCAAGCGCAAAGUGGAAGAGAUGGAGGUGGACGACUUCUACGACGGGAUUAAGCGGCUCUACAACGAGGAGAACGUUCCAGAAGGGGUGGCCUUGGAAGGGAAGGCCGCCUCGGCCUGCGGCGCUGACGUCUCGCGGCAAGCUGGGAGCGUUUCCCCUUGCCCUCCGCUGCAGCCCGUUUCCGUCAUGUAGCCGGGCACCCAACCUGCUCCUUUGGAGAAAAGCUGCUACGUCACGUGCGUGUGCGCGCGCAACAUCAGGCAACAACCGGCCAGUAGAACGAAGGCAGUACCUUAGGGGGCUAAGCAGAGGGGAGCACAAUUAUAUUUCUAAAAGAUCCUCUCUUCCCUCUCCCAGACCCUCACCUUGUGCGGCUAAUUAUAGUUCACUUAUUAUUUAAUGACUAAAAAAGCAAAAAAAAAAGUAUAAAAAACCUUUUUUAAAAGACCCAAAACUACACAAAAAAGUAGCAAAAAUUUCAUCUCUUUGUGUCUGUUCCACUGUUUUUAAUCUGCUAUUGUGUGUCGUAUUCCCCCAUCUGCCGUGUUUGAGAGUUCACACUGAAUGUGCAAAAAAAAAAACACCCCAAGCCCAAAAAACCCUGUUUCAAAUUUCCAGCAACGUCACUACUCCAGAUUCUGAAUUAUUGCAUCGUUUUGAGGACUUCCUUUCCCCAAAUCCUGCCUUUUAAAAAAAGUUAUCUGAUCGUCUCUCUUGCAUGACUUUCUGUACUUCGGCACUUUUUACGUAGGAAACCUCUCCUUUUACUUCAAAACAAAAUGCGGAAUUCCCCUUCUUUUCUGUCGUUUAGCACUUUCGGGUUUCAAUUGUGUUGUUUAAAACUAGAUCUUGCAUUCAAAAUGCAAGGAAUUAAAGGGGGUGGCGGGGAAGUUGCUUGGCCACCAAGAGACUAGAGCAGCGUCAACAAAAAAAAUCGAAGCUGUGUUGAUCCCAAGGCUUCUGUCCCUGGAUCCUAGUUUUGGAUCAACUUCAGGCAGGAGUUGGCGGGCUUUAAUUGCUUGCACAAGAUGGGCAGCACCCCAAAAUGUGACAACACAGCGUCCAAAAACUUGCCAGCUUGUUUUUGCAGCAAAAACAGUGACAUUAAAGAUGAAUGAGGACAUGGCUGUGUGUUAAGGAUCAGGCACGGAUUUCCUUUUGCUUCUCUCCCUCCGCCCCCUGCCCACACCAUUUUUAAAAUGUACCUUUUUAACAGGAAUCCUGGGGAAGGGUGGGGCGAUCGCCGAGGUUUUAAAAAAAGGGUUUAGUUCUUCGGCAUCCCGACUCUGCUUCUUGGAAUAAUCUCAAGUUUCAAAGUUCCCUCCACAGCCCUUGGGAAGGUAUUUGCUUUCAGUGACCAUACUCGAGUUAAGCCUUCUGGUAGCAAUAAAACGAUGUUGUCUUUGGA